CAAAUAUCGGCUUAUCGAUAGAAAUACGUUUUUUGCCAUCACUACAACACCAUUCUUUCAGCCAAUAAUUUAUAAUUCACGAAGAAGUCAAUUACUGAGCCAGUAAAUCAAAAGCAUCAAACUGGCGGAAAAAAAGGUUCAAAUGGCGUUAUGCCAGACAUCAGUGCUCAAAGUAUACCAUGCCGUGAUCGAGGAUGUCAUCACAAAUGUACGCGAUGCCUUCCUGGACGAGGGCGUCGACGAGCAGGUCCUUCAGGAGAUGAAACAGAUCUGGCGCAACAAACUGCUGGCCAGUAAGGCCGUGGAGCUGAGCCCAGACGAAGGCACCCACCCGCCGCCCAUUGUGGCCAACAAUCCAAAGAACAACAAGGCCGCCAACGCUAAGAAGAAGGCCGCUUCCGCAUCGGCGGCCAUGCCACAGAACAGUAGCACCAGCGCCGCAGCCCUGAUUGGGGACAAGAUCGGUAUGAAGUCGCCCGCCACAAUGGCCACGAGCAGCGGGAUCAAGAAUGGUCUGGGGCCCGUCAAGCAAGAGGUCAACUCACAGAAUCCACCACCACUGCAUCCCACCUCAGGAGCCACACUGAUGCAGAAACAGCAGCAGGCGUCCAGUGGUGGGCAGGCUCCCAUUCCAAUUGUGGCAUCGUUGGACCCCAACCGCAUCAUGCCAGUCAACAUCACUCUGCCUUCGCCAGCCGGCUCGGCAGGAUCAGAAUCUCGAGUGCUCACCAUUCAAGUGCCAGCAUCGGCGUUGCAGGAGAACCAGCUAACUCAGAUACUGACGGCCCACCUCAUCUCGUCCAUAAUGUCCUUGCCCACCACACUGGCCUCGUCGGUGCUGCAGCAGCAUGUCAACGCAGCCUUGAGCAACGCCAACCACCAGAAAAAUCUUGCUGCUGCCAAACAUUUGGAUGGAGCACUCGACUCCUCCGACGAGGACGAGAGCGAGGAGAGCGAUGAUAACAUCGACAACGACGAUGACGACGACCUGGACAAGGAUGAUGACGAGGAUGCGGAGCAAGAGGAUGCUGCUGAAGAAGAGCCACUGAACAGUGAAGAUGAUGUUACCGACGAAGACUCGGCUGAGAUGUUUGAAACAGAUAAUGUGAUCGUUUGUCAGUACGAUAAGAUCACUCGGUCCCGCAACAAAUGGAAGUUCUAUCUUAAGGAUGGCAUCAUGAACAUGCGCGGCAAAGACUACGUGUUCCAAAAAUCCAACGGUGACGCCGAGUGGUAAUUUCCGAGAGGGUAUAAUAGAUAAAACAUAAAAAUAAAAAGACAUCCAACAAAGAGCCUCAUCGAAUGCGCCUUGAAAGCCUUGAAAGUUUGCCAGCCAACCCAGCCAGAAAGGACGACCAAGGAAGGAGUACUGGGAGCCGAGCACUCGGGCUGACAAAUAAAUAUCUUAUUUUAGUUCCAUCUUUUAUUCUACGCUAAUUAGAAAGCGAGUUGUGUUGCACUUAACCAUCUCAAUUAUACAUGUAUUACACCAAAAGCAGCAUACCUUUUGUGUCAAUAAACUGAAACACUUGUGAAAGUAA